AACUCGUACAAGGAUAUGUGCAUGAUGUGUGACAAGAUAUACGCAGUUAUUCAAUCAUCACGAAAUUCUCGUGAAAUAAAGAUUAUAUAACGUCUGGAUUUUUCUUCAUGUGUUCAUAUUAUUAACCAUACGCAAAGGAAAAGAAUAUAAAUGUUAAUAAAUAGAAUUUAACGCAAUAACAUUACAAAAGUGAUGUAACAUAACCAAAAUGAACGCAGAAAUUACUUUUCUCCUCUUUCUUGUUGUGAUCAGUACUGGAUUGGUAAAAGGAACAUGCCCGGCGACUUGUUUUUGUUCUAGCGGUUCAUCAGGCUCUAACGUUAACUGUUACUCAAAACAUUUGGGACAUAUUCCAGACCUUCCUAGUGAUACGUAUGUCAUAGAUCUCAUGAAUAACAGCAUAACCGAAAUUGAUAUUCAGUUUUGUAAAGAGAUGCCGCAAUUGAUAACUCUCUACAUCUCCAACAAUCAGAUUGCUGAAAUUCCGGUUAACACAUUUGUAGAUUGUGAACUACUGCAAAACAUAUAUCUGCAUUACAACGAAAUAUCUACUUUAGCACCAUUUUCUUUUAUGAAUCUUCCAAGUCUUCGAUAUUUACAUCUUAAUAACAACAAGAUACAGUCAUUAGAAAGUAAUACGUUUAUCAACAUGACAAACUUGUAUCGGCUACAUCUUAAUAACAACAAGAUACAGUCAUUAGAAAGUAAUACGUUUAUCAACAUGACAAACUUGUAUCGGCUAUAUCUAUAUAACAACAAGAUACGGUCAUUAAAAAGUAAUACGUUUAUCAACAUGACAAACUUGUAUGAACUAUAUCUGUAUAACAAUGACAUAUCCACAAUAGAACCAUUUACUUUUAUGAAUCUUCCAAGUCUUCAACAUUUGCAUAUUAGUGGCAACAUGUUUACAAAUAUUGAUGACCUAUCUUUUGGAAAUUUUACAAGGAUGCAGACUCUGGACUUGAGCGACAAUACGAUUUCUUACAUUCAUCCAAAUGCGUUCAACAACUUGACUGAUUUAAGGAAUCUGGACUUGAGCGACAAUACGAUUUCUUACAUUCAUCCAAAUGCGUUCAACAACUUGACUGAUUUAAGGAAUCUAAAUCUACAAUCAAAUUCAUUGUCUGGUUAUGGAUAUCAGUUUCUUCUACCUUGUAGUCAGUUGACGGAUUUAAACAUUCAACAGACAAGACGAAGUAAACAACAUGAUUUUUUUGGAGACAUUUGGAAAAACUUUCCUUAUUUAGAAACCAUAUAUAUUGGUAGUAACAUGCUGGACACAAUUGACAAUUUAGGUUUGGAGAGAGCUGUUGGUCUAAGAACAAUUGAUGGUUCCUACAACGAUUUACGAGAUAUAAACCAAUCUUUACCACGAAAUUCAUCCAAUCUGUAUAAAGUAGACUUGAAGUUUAACAAUAUCAAAAUCUUAAAAUCGGGCGUAUUUGCCAACUAUACUAACUUAUAUGAAAUUGAUCUUCAGUCCAAUAAUAUAUCUGAAGUAGAAGAACACGCCUUGGAACAUCUUCCAAACCUUGUAUAUCUGUACAUGCAAAACAACAGUAUUCAUAAUAUUGAUGUAAUACAAUUUCGAACCAUGCCAAACUUAUACUAUUUAUAUAUGUCUAAAAACAAGAUACAGUCAAUAUCAAGUUAUACUUUUAUGAACAUGACAAAUUUGUACAGAGUUUACUUUCAAGAUAACAAGAUAUCUACAAUAAAACAGUUUGCUUUCAUGAAUCUCCCUCGUCUUCGAUACAUAGACCUUAGCAGCAAUGAAAUAACCACCAUAGAGGAGUAUGCAUUUGUCCACAUUCCGGCUCUUUAUUCCAUGUAUCUUGAAAACAACAAGUUGACCACAAUUAAGGCACAUACAUUUGAGAAAGUGGAUACAAGAUACAUAGAUUUCAGUCAAAAUAAUAUCAGCCAUAUCAAAGAACAUGCUUUUGGGAAUAUUACUUCACUGUCUCAGUUAUAUCUUACAUCAAAUCCACUCAACUGUGACUGCAGUAUUUUUCCAUUCUGGUCAUGGCUAAUUGAAAGAGCAUCCGUUGGAACAAGUGCUAAAUGUAGCGAUGGAACAUUUGUGAUAUCACUGCGAUCAUCUGAGCUUGAAAAAUGUAAUCCUGAUAACUGUCAAUGUUUUAACAAUGGAAAAUGCGUUCAAAAGGACGACGGAAGAGUAUUGUGUGAUUGCAUUGGACAUUGGACUGGUCAAUUCUGUGAAGUAAGUCAAUGCAAUGCAUAUGACUGCGGAUUCGGUAGCUGCUUAGUUGAACCAAUGAACGGUACAGCGAGUUGUUUUUGUAGCAACACUCACACAUACUUUUGUCCAUGUAAGUUGAGUUAUUUAUUGGAUAAUGACGUUUAGGCUAUAUCAAUCAAUGUAUUUAAAUGUCGAAAGACAGCACACCAUUCCUUUUGUAAUGAAAUGUAUUAUACAAACUGAUUAUUAUAACAAUCUAUAUUUAUAGGACAAUGGUGUAUAUAAGAACAUCCAGAAGAUCGAAACUUAACUACAUAAAUCUUGAAUGAUAUUACAAUACAGACCCUUAUGAAUUCGUUAAUUUAAACACGUUGAUAAUUUAGCGUUUUUAAGUUAUUAAUGUCAUAUGUACAAGGUAUUAUGGUGUCCUUUAUCGCUGUUUCCAAUAUUUGUGCUUAGCUUAUUAUGUAUAACAUUAUACCUACUCUUCAUUUAUUUGUCGUUGUUACAUGUUAAAAUAACUCAAACAUUUACUAACCGUACCAUAUUUGUUUUUGUUUUAUUAUUUAACUGUGUGGUUGUAGGAAUUUCAAAUCAAUAAAGAUUUCACAUUAUUCAUAGAAAUAAUUUUAAACAAAUAAUGAUUUCAUAUAAAUGUUAAAGAGGAAGUCUGGAAUUAAUUCAAUCAUAAAUUAUAAUGAAGUAUUGUUCUGUCAAGAAAACGCAUGAAAAUUCCAAGUUUUGCAAAUCUAUCACUUUUUAAGCAGUGUGUGAUACAUCAUACUGUAUUAAAUUCGUUUAAUAGCAAGAAUAAAUUGAAAAAAAAACAUUUAUAAUUAGUAAGUUCAUCAUUCUAUAAUCUAAUUUGAUUUCAUGUUUGUAGCUUUAUAGUUUGAUCAUUCACUUAAAAUUGCAUUUCAUGCUAUAAAAAUGACUGUUCGUCAGUUUUUACUAGGUUACAUAUAAUCAAUGAUGUAUGGUAUUUUUGAGCAAAUAUAAUCUUUUUUCCAGAAAACAUGUAAUUUCAAACAAUUAUUUCCGUUAUAUUGUUGGGUUUUUUUCAUUAGUUAAUAGCAUGGACUGUGCAUCAUUGAAUUUUUUGUUUCACUUCUUUUCAAUUCCGUUUGACUCUUUCUUUAUUAUUAAAAUAAUAUAACAACAACAACAUGAUAAAUCUAUUCUAUUUUCAUGUCACGCUUUUACAUUGAGAAUAUAGUCUGGACAGCUUCGAAAGAAUUAAAGAUGUGACAAGUGUUAACUGUCUUGAGAUUUAUUUUACGUCAUUAUGGAAGAUGCAAGGACAGACUGCAUGCAAGUUUUGAAGGUUGAAGAACAUACUCUGGGAGCGUCGUUUAAAGUACAAGAAAAGGACCAAGGAAAUAGUUAAAAAAUAUGGGACCAUUGACUUCAACAUUGUGUCUCCUGUACAUGUAAUGAUAUGUGUACUUGAUAUUUCAUUGUGUUUGACUAAAGUGUACAUUUAUUUUGUCUUGUAUAUGUUAUUUGUUUAUUUAUAUGCAUUAAAUGCAUCAUGAAAUACAUUUUUGUUUAUA